AUGAUUAUGGAGGUAGUUCCUUUUGUUCCAACAACCACUAUUCCUCCAAGGCUAACUUUGACUGCCCCUACUACAGAAGAGAAUUCCCUUCUAACUAAUGCUUCCCUGGCUAGCACCAAGACGUUGAACAUUCUACCUUGGGCAAACAUACUCAAAACAGAUUCGCAGAUAGACCAACUCAAGUCUUCAGAGAAGCCUCUUGAAGACAAGUUGAAACUUAGAGAGAUAGAGCUAGACAGGAUAGUCGGAAUUGUAGAUGUUGCUAAGUCUAAGAAGGAGAAAACUAAGAAGGAGGUGGCUAAGCUAAAGUUGAAGCUCAUGGAGUUGCAGUCAAUUAUGGCGACAGAGGAUUGGAUCAUUAAAGACCUGAAGAUUGAUUGUGCUGUGAACUACAUUGAGGGUUAUGAGGACUUCAAGGACAGGCUAAUGAGAAAUUUUUUGAUCCAGACUUUAACUCUUUUAUGCCUCAUCUACCUGAAAAAGAUAGCUAAAGAUGAUCGCGAGCGGCAGGUGGCUGGGAUUGAGUUGUGCACUUCUGAUCCUGACUCCUCGACUGUUCCUACUGUGCCGAAAAGGACUGAGUAG